AUGUUCGUCCUCAGAAAUGUGGGGAAAUUUAUCUUCGGUGAUACCUCUAAACAGUCUAUGAUCGAGCUCCCUCAAGGCCAACUCUAUCUCGUUCGACCGCUUUCGCCCAAAGGGUACUCAGAACUCAUCUUCAAGGACGGAGCCGCGAGAAUCCGACCAACGAACCAAGAAUACCAGUAUCAGCUUGUUAUCCAGCGCGCAUACGAGGAGGGCGAGGAGGAGCUGUUGGACGACGACGACGGAGAAGACGCGGAAUCUGCUGCCUUGGCUGCUGAGCGAGACGAGAAGACAUUUCUUCUUGACGAAAGCCUACAUUUCCGAUCAGAGAUUCGACCAGGCGGAGAAAAGGUUCUUGCGUGGAGAGAUUUGAGUGGCGACGCCGGUGACCUCUACGAAUUCGUGUGCGACAACUCGAUCGCCGAAGACCAGGUGCAAGCUUUCGAGCUCACGGCUGUUCAGUGCCAAUACGAACGAAAGCACCGAAAGCCAUACACUCUCGCGACUACGCAAGAUCUUGCACAGCUCACUUUCGUUGACGAACAACCGAUUCCAAGCGCAAGUCCGAUACAUAGCCCUUCUCGUAGUCCUACAGCCCUCUCACCUGUCUCCAAUAUGCCCCCUCCAGUUAGGAGCACCGCAAACUCUGCAUUGAAACGGGAGAAAGCUCCAGCCGAAUCUAGUAUUUCCCGCAGUACCCCAGCCCGAGAUGACACUCCUACAGUUGCGCCGCCGGUUGGCGAGCAUCCUGAAUCUAGCUCAGUCCUGGCACAAGAGCUUGCAGAGCUCCAUCUGUUUGACUUCCCAUCUGGCUCGUUCAUACUCCAGGAUCCGGCGGUCAAGGCAACAGUAUCUGAAGUGGGCAGCUGGCGAUACUAUCUACAGAUUGGCAGCAAGGAGCACCGCGACUGGCUUGGUCAAGAGAUUAUUGCUGAUAUAAAUCCCGUCUUCAACUUCGAAUACCUUUCCUGCAUCUUCAACGCAUAUUCAUCUACUGGUGAAGCCUACUCCUGGCUCCUUCGAUUCAAAGAUGAGGAAACCCUCUCCCGCUUCCAGGAAGGUCUCAUGCAAUCUUUGUGGGAGCAAUUGAACGAGAUGAAGUGGCUGAAGGUCAAGCAAGAUGAACGUGACUAUGUUACGGAGGCAUUCCAGGACCUGACGAUGGCUGACGCACCACCUGAAGAGGAAGAAGAAGAAGAAUCAGAUGAUGUGGAGGAUGAUGGCCAGAGGAGUGAACACUAUGAUAGCGACGAAGAGGAGGAUGAUGUGAUCACUAGAGACGAUGAUGGCAACGUCAAUUCUCAACUUGCCGUGGGAUACAAACACGACCGAUCAUUUGUCGUCCGUGGAUCAAAGAUUGGGGUAUUCAAGCAUACCCUGAAUAAUCAUCUGGAGUUCACAACAAAUAUCUCGAAGGUUGAGACACCAAAAGGAGCACUAUUCAAGCCUAAGAGGGUAAUGCUUCACGCCGAGGAUAAGAACCUGGUUUUACAAAACGAGAAUGAUCCCAACUCUCUGUACCAGAUGGACUUAGAGUAUGGCAAAAUCGUUGAUGAAUGGAAGAUCCACGAUGAUAUACCUGUCGACACUUUCGUGCCUGAAAACAAGUUUGCGCAAAUGACUGGGGAACAAACUUUCCUUGGCCUCUCAAAAAAUGCUCUUUACCGUAUAGACCCACGUCUUGCGGGGAACAAGCUCGUUGAUUCCGAACUUAAGCAAUAUGCUUCAAAGAACGACUUCUCCGCUGCUGCAACCACUGAUAAGGGGUAUAUUGCCGUCGCUAGUAACAAGGGAGAUAUUCGCAUGUUCGACCGUCUGGGCAUUAACGCCAAGACUCACAUCCCAGCUCUGGGUGAGCCUAUAAUUGGUCUCGAUGUCAGUGCUGAUGGUCGCUGGGUUCUUGCUACAUGUCGUACUUAUCUCCUUCUUAUCGACGCUUUGCAAAAGGACGGCAAGAAUGAGGGAAAGCUUGGCUUUGAAAAGUCGUUUGGCAAAGACUCGAAACCUCAACCUCGUCGUCUGGGACUGACACCAGCUCACGUUGCCCAAUUUCAGCACGAGACCGGAGCCCCACUGUCUUUUACCACAGCGCGCUUCAACGCGGGAGAAGGACUCUCGGAAACUUCAGUCAUCACAGCUACCGGCCCCUUUAUCGUCACAUGGAACUUGAAAAAAGUAUUGAGAGGAAAUAAAGACCCUUACACCGUCAAGAGAUAUUCUGAGGAGGUCAAAGCGGAUAAUUUCAAGUAUGGCAGUGACAAGAAUGUCAUUGUGGCUCUCCCCAACGAAGUCAACAUGGUUGCGAAACAGACCUUCAAGAGACCCACCCGUGAGAGUAUUGCUACACCUGCGAGACUUGGUGGUGGUGGCAGUUUCGGUGGAAGACAAAGUGAUGCAGGGAGAGUUGGUACGAGGGAUAGUGCAAGAUACAAACUUGGCAGAGAGGAUGUGGUGAAUUCUCCUUAUUGA